UUACGGAUAUCCAAUAUUUUGAAUCAAAUGAAAAUAAAUAAUGAAUCAAAUUAAAUUUUACGGAUAAAAAGUUAUCUAGCUACGUUGUAAAUCCCUACUUGUAUCUACGUCGUAAACGCUGAUAUUUAUGUGAUUGGAUAGAUCAAAAGCACGCUAUCCCACUUUAUAAUUAAGGGAAAAUAAAAAACUUGUAAAAACCCUAGAGGCCUAGAGAGAAAGUAAGGAUAUAGUUUUUAGUUUUACACAUUUUUUUUUAUCAACAUUUUUUUACUGAUUACAUGUCAAUAUAUAUCAUGAAACUGAAAAAAGAAAUGGGUAAAAGUGAGUCAAAGGGAGAGAAGGAGGUAGGUCUCCCUCACCCACCCCUCAUCUCCUAUAUAUAUUCGACAUCUAUAAGACUAUAACUCUCCAUUUUCAGUUUUAGUUUUUUUUUUUAAAUCUAACAAAAUCAAGGUGAGAAGGGAAAAAAGUAUGAUGAUGAUGCAUAUGAAUAACUAAAAUGGAAACUUAUGCUCUGAAAUGGAAAUAUCCCCAAGUCCAAAGGUUUUUCAACCUUCUUCAUUAACCUUAUUCACAUCAUGAUCGUCACUUUGACCAACCCGGACAGAUCUAGCUACGUGUUUAGCGCUCUAUAUGUUUAGGUACCAUUGCAUCUUUCAUAAUAUAACAACACAUAUUUCUUGAAAUGUGUUUAUUGUGAUAGUUAAUUGGUUACCUGCCUAAUGACACUAAAUACAAAAACUUGCAGAAUCACAGAAUAUAUCUAACAAUUAACUAGACCAAUUCAGAAAACUAACUUCGAAAAGAAAAUUCACUUUAUCAUUCAAAAUUCUGUUGUAAACAUAUAUAUAUUUAUCCUUACAAGUUCAGUUUUACAAAUCUUUUUAUAUUCUGUUUAUAGUUCUACUAAUCAGAGCAAUUUCUUAGUCCAACUUUGUUUAUUUUGUCAUUCAGUCGAAGAAUUAGAAUCUUCACAAAUGUUUAGAAAAAACCUUUUGAGAAACAUGCAUAUAUUUUAGUUUCUGCAUGUGUGAACUAUGUAUGUGUAUACUUAUUGUAUGUAUGUGAGUAUGCAUAGAAUGGUAGAUUGUAGGUGUGUAAGACGAAAGAUCUAGGGGGCUUCAAAAAAAGGAGAGAAAAGGACAGAGCAUGUGAAAAGAGACAGAGAAACAAACAGAGUAGUGAACAGUCUUACUCUUUUUUUUUUCCUGCAACUUAAUGACCCCAACCCUCUCUGAAGUAUUUCUGAUUCUUCACAUGCCUUCCUCUCCUUUCUUAUUCCUAUUCUAUAAAACUAAUGCCUGGAAAAUAUUUAAUAAAAACGACAAAAUAUUUAACAUUUUGAAAAAAGGACAAAAGUACUUUCACUUCACUUGCAACCAAACAAACCUAGUCCCCUUCUUUAUCCAAUGGUCUCUUGACUGCUCUCUAUAUCUCAGCUAAAUACCCCUUUCUUUCUUUCUUAUUUACCAUGAUGACACCUUAUCAAACAAGACCACAUAUUUCUACAUAUAUCACCAUGUAAAAACUAAUAAAACUUUGACAAAAAAUGAAUUGUCAAAUUAUUAAAUUUACCUUGUUUCUUUUAGAGUCAGCAAAGCGUGAAUAUUUCAUAUUUAAUUUUUAAAAGUUUGAUUCUCUCUUUACCGAGUCAGAGAUUUGUGCAGUAAUACUCGUCAAUUCUUUUUUUCAACACAUCUAUCAGUUGUUUUUAUCUAUCUGAUUUUCAUCUGCCUUAGUCAGUAAUAUCAGGGUUCAAUAAAUGUAAAUAAUUGUUUUUAAAAGGAGUUCAGUAAUAAAGAGGAAAUGGCACACAUUUUUAGGCCAUCAAGUAUUGGGAUACAGCUGAAAUUUUAAAAGAGCAUCUGUUCAAAGGAAGAAAAAAAAGAUUCCCAAAUAUACAAAUUUAUUUAUGAUAACUUAAAAUAAAAAAAAGGUUAAUAUUGAAGACUAUUGAGAAAAAUUAAGGGAGAAAGGAAAGAGUAGUCAGAGAGACAGGAGCAUCAAGUGCUGCAGAAGAAGCAACAGGAACACUGGGCCUGAGUCUCUUCAGAUUUGCCAGUCUUUAUAGGACCACACUCUUCUUCCCCUCCUUACAUUUUUAUCUAUCUAUCUAUUUUAACAUUAACAAUAUUGGAUAUUUUAAUGUUGUUUUGAUUUUACACUACAUGGCAAAACCCCUUAAAAGCUCUUGUCCUCAUCUGACAUUUUUCUUGACAUCUAUCUCCAUUAGAUUUUCUUUUAUGAAUGUUUUGUGAUUUAACUCUUUGAUUUAACUAUCAACCAUACAAAAUCAUGAUUUCUUUUUAUUAAUAUUUUUCUCCCAAAAUAUCUUAUAUUUCUCUAAUUUGUUUCAUAGUAAUAGAGUGUGACUAAUUGUAUAGUAAUCUUUGUUCUAUAGUUGACUACAAAAAAAUAUUAGUAUCUAUAAAAGAGGGCAUGGCCUCGUUAAAAGGUAGAGGCUAGCUAGUGUUCAUGCAAAUUGCAUCUGAGGAAUAUAUGUUUAGAGAGAGAGAGAGCAAAAGAGAGAUAAAUAUCAAACAAGAGGGAAAGAGUGACAGAGAGAGUGUUGGUCUUCUUUGUCUGUCUCUGUCUUAAACUCAGGAACCCUAGAUUUUCUCUGAAGCUAUCAAGAAAGCUCUUAUUUUCUUCUUUUAUCCUCUUUUGAUUUUCUACAUAAACCCUUUGAGGAAAGCUAGAGAAUAAGAAAGAUGAUGAGUCUAAGUGGAAAUGGUGGGAGAACAAUAGAGAGGCCUCCAUUUACACCAACACAAUGGCAAGAACUGGAGAAUCAAGCCCUAAUUUACAAGUACAUGGUCUCAGGAGUUCCUGUCCCACCUGAGCUCAUCUUCUCCAUUAGAAGAAGCUUGGACUCUUCCUUGGUCUCUAGACUCCUCCCUCACCAAUCCAUUGGGUGGGGAUGCUAUCAGAUGGGGUUUGGUAGAAAACCAGAUCCAGAACCAGGAAGGUGCAGAAGAACAGAUGGUAAGAAAUGGAGAUGCUCAAGAGAAGCAUACCCAGAUUCAAAGUACUGUGAAAAACACAUGCACAGAGGAAGGAACCGUGCCAGAAAAUCUAUUGAUCAGAAUCAGACAACUGCUCCUUUAACAUCACCAUCUCUCUCUUUCCCCAACAACAACAACCCAAGCCCUACCUUGUCUUCUUCCUCCUCUACUUAUUCAGCUUCUUCUUCAUCUCCUUCCAUUGAUGCUUACAGUAAUAUCAAUAGGCUUGGUGUUGGUAAUAGUAACAGUAGAGGUUACUUCAACAACCAUUCCCUUGACUAUCCUUAUCCUUUGUCCUCACCUAAACAGCAACAACAACAACAGACUCUUCAUCAUGCUUCUGCUUUGUCUCUUCACCAAAACGCAUCUACUGCUUCUCAGUUCAAUGCCUUAGCUUCUGCAACUGACCAUAAAGACUUCAGAUACUUUCAAGGGAUUGGGGAGAGAGUUGGAGUUGGAGCUGGGGAGAGGACUUUUUUUCCAGAAGCUUCUAGAAGCUUUCAAGAUUCUCCAUACCAUCACCAACAACCGUUAGCUACAGUAAUGAAUGACCCGUUCCACUCUGGUACUGAUCAUAAGGUUGAUCAUCAGCAUCACACAUACUCAUCCGUAUCAUCAUCAUCUCAGCAUGAUCAAGAUCAUCAUCGACAACAACAGCAGCAAUGUUUUGUUAUGGGCGCUGACAUGUUCAACAAACCCACAAGAACUGUCUUCGCAAACUCAUCUAGACAAGAUCAUCAAGAAGAGGAGGAGAAAGAUUCAUCAGAAACAAAGAAGUCUCUACAUCAUUUCUUUGGUGAGGACUGGGCACAGAACAAAAACAGUUCAGAUUCUUGGCUUGACCUUUCUUCCCAUUCAAGACUGGACACUGGUAGUUGAUUGAGACCAUGUAGCAUCAAUGAUGGGUCUCUGCACCAACACACACACACACACAAGUUUGAAAUGUUGAAGGGUCACACUUCACAUCUAUUUCUGUGAAACAUUGAGAGACAAACACUCUGUUUGCAGAAACCUACUAUGUAUCUCCAUGUGUGUGUUGGGUCCAACAAGACAAGUGAUCCGACGCUUAUAUAUAUAUUAUCUCUGUGUGUUUUCCUCUCUUUGUUUUUUUUUUCUCUAGCUACUGUUGUCUUCCAAGCUAUCUUUCUUUAUCUCUCACUCUAAUUUAGCUGACAGAAACACAAAAGUGAACAUGACUUUUGUGAGGGGUUAUAUUUGAUUUGUGUUUCUUAGGAUGCAAGCAUAUUUAGUUUUUUUU